GGCGGGAGGGUCGGAGCCAUGGCGGCCAAGACGGCGGGUGGGGGGCGCUGGGAGGUGGUGAAGAAGGGGCGGCGGCCUGGGGCCGGCGGCAGUGGUAAAGGCGGCGGAGGGGACCGCCGGGCGCUCGGGGAGGCGAACGGAGUGUGGAAGUACGACCUGACCCCUCCAAUCCAGACGACAAGCACCCUGUAUGAGCGGGGCUUUGAGAAAAUCAUGAAACGGCAGAAUAAGGAGCAGGUUCCACCCCCUGCUGUGGAGCCUAAGAAACCGGCCACCAAGAAGCAGACUAAGAAGGGAGCAACCGUCACCAACCAGAACCAGAAGCAGGGCCGCUUUCGCAGCCUGGAGGAGGCGCUGAAAGCUCUGGAUGUGGCAGCUCUGCAGAAGGAACUGGAUAAGAGCCAGAGCGUGUUCUCUGAGAACCCGUCCGUGUGGUUGAAGGACCUGGCCAGCUAUCUCAACUACAAGCUCCAAACGCCCACAAGUGAACCUACCCUAAGCCAGCAUACUCACGAUUAUCCCUACAGCCUGGUGAGCCGGGAGCUGCGUGGGAUCAUCCGAGGGCUACUGGCGAAGGCAGCAGGGUCCCUGGAGCUCUUUUUCGAUCACUGUCUGUUCACCAUGCUGCAAGAGCUGGAUAAGACGCCAGGUGAGUCACUGCAUGGUUACCGCAUCUGUAUCCAGGCCAUUUUGCAAGACAAGCCCAAGAUUGCCACCAUGAACCUGGGCAAGUUCCUGGAACUGCUAAGGUCCCACCAGAGCCGACCAGCCAAGUGUCUGACCAUCAUGUGGGCCCUGGGUCAAGCAGGUUUCACCAACCUCACCGAAGGACUGAAAGUGUGGCUGCGGAUCAUGAUGCCUGUGCUGGGCAUCAGGUCCCUGUCUCCCUUCGCCAUCGCCUACCUGGAUCGCCUGCUCCUGAUGCACCCCAACCUCACCAAGGGCUUUGGUAUGAUUGGCCCCAAGGACUUCUUCCCACUUCUGGACUUUGCCUAUAUGCCCAACAACUCCCUGACUCCCAGCCUGCAGGAGCAGCUCUGUCGGCUCUACCCACGACUGAAGGUGCUGGCAUUUGGGGCAAAGCCGGAAUCCACCCUGCAUACCUACUUCCCCUCCUUCCUGUCCAGAGCCACCCCUGGCUGCCCUCCGGAGAUGAAGAAAGAGCUCCUGAGCAGCCUGACCGAGUGCCUGACGGUGGACCCCCUCAGCACCAGCGUCUGGAGGCAGCUGUACCCCAAGCACCUGCCACAGUCCAGCCUGCUGCUCGAGCACUUGCUCAGGUCCUGGGAGCGGAUUCCCAAGAAGACACAGAAGUCUUUGCAAGAAACGACUCAGUCCUUCAAGCUUACCAACCAGGAUCUGCUGAGGAAGGGCAUCGAUAGCAACCAGGAUGCCAUCGCCUGCGACACAGCCUGCACGAGUCUGUUGCAGCAGGCGCGAGGCUUCCGGCUGCCCUGGGCACGGCUUCUCAUGUUGGUGCUGGUCUUUGCCGUAGGUUUCCUGUGCCAUGACUUGCGGUCACACAGUUCUUUCCAGGCCUCCCUCUCUGGCCGGUUGCUUCAGUCAUCUGGUUUCUUGCCCGCUGGCCAGCAAGCAUGUACCAAGAUCUACUCCUACAGCCUGCAGGGCUACAGCUGGUUACAGGAGAGCUUGCCGGCCUGGGGUUCCCACCUGCUGACCACGGCGAGGCCCAGCCUGCAGCUGGCCUGGACCCACACCAAUGCCACGGUCCGCUUCCUUUCUGCCCACUGUGCCUCCCACCUUGCCUGGCUCGGUGACAGCCUCACCAGCCUCUCCCAGAGGAUCCAGCUCCCUGAUGCCCUGAACCAGCUGCUCCAUUCUCUGAGGGAGCUGCUCCUGUUUCUUUAUCAGAAUGUCCUACUUCCCAUGUGGCACCUGCUGCUUGAGGCCCUGGCCCGCGCCCAGGAGCACUGCCACGAGGCAUGCAGAGGCGAGGUGACCUGGGACUGCGUGAAGACACAGCUCAGCAAGGCUGCCCACUGGACCUGGCUCUGCCUACAGGACGUCACAGUGGCUUUCUUGGACUGGGCACUUGCCAUGAUAUCCCAGCAGUAGGCCCUGCCUCCCUGGCCACUGGGUUCUGUCAGGAGCAGACUGUCUGAGACUCUGGGAGUAGAGGUGGCACUUCUCAUGGGAGUCUUUGUUCCUUGGUGCCUGAGUUCCGUCUUCUAGGCAAGUGGCUGGCUGCCUCUGCCUCAGUUCUUCCAACUCUGGUGGCAGCUGAUCCCAGAGGUCUCUCAGCCUCCUACCCAUGAUUCCACUGACCGCUGCCCUGCCCUGUUGCACAAAACUCCCAGCCUCUGUCCUUGGGAGGCUGGGAGCCUCUCUCGCCUCCUCUCUCGUCUCCUGCUCUCCACUUCCUUCUCUCUCAUUCCCAAAUCCUCAAACAGCUCAUCUCCGAAGAGGUGGGACUCCAGCCAGUGGCUUCUGCAUUCUUCUGAAGAAUGAUUCCUGCUUCCAGGCUUUGGCCACAGAAGAAAAAAGAAAGGGACCUCCAGAAGAAUCCAGAAGAAGAACAUGGCAGCACAGUGGGUGGUAGCAGCAUCACCUCUACCCACAGCCUGAGUGCGGCUCUCUGUGCGGAUGGAGGCCUGAGUGGACAGGCCUCUCACCUCAAAAUGCUCAACUUAGGCUCUUCAAGGCCCCUCGCUGCCCCUUCCAUCUGGGUCCUGCUUCCUCACUGUCCAUUACCCUUCAGUGCUGGGGGUCUCCACCCUAGUGCUCAGCCUCUCUCUGCUGCCAACCCCUACCAUCUGUCUGGAGAGCAGAGCCCAGGUAGUCCUGUGCCCCCAGCCUAGGGAACCUUCCAGCAGCCUGUUGAGACAGGAUGUAGCAUGUGGCCCGUGGGUAUGCCUGCUCGGUGGAAUAAAGGACGCAGACUUGA